GUGGCUCUUGGAGGUCCCCUCUCUCACUCCGCUCUCUCCGAGGGAUGAUUCUGGGUCCCCUGCGCUCAGGAGCGACUUGGCGGCUCCUAACGAAAACGUGUUUCUUAUUUUUGGGGAAAUCGAAAUUAAAGGGAGAUGAGAACCGCACUUUUCUACUUCCUGCUCUGUACGUCGUACCUGCUGCUCAUUAAUGCCGAGGACCUUCCACAAGAGCUGAUUGAGCGACUGUCCCACAGUGAAAUCAACAGCAUCAGCGACCUCCAGCGGCUUCUGGACAUAGACUUCGUAGGUACGGGAAAUGAAGUCAUCGAGGAGCACAAGCAGAAGCAGCACAAGCAGAACUAUUCCCACGCCUACUCGGACCUGAAGAGCUCGCAGGUCCACCGCAGACGCAAGAGGAGUGUGGAGGAAGCCGUGCCGGCGGUUUGCAGGACGCGGACGGUGAUCUACGAGAUCCCGCGCAGUCAGGUGGAUCCCACCGCCGCCAACUUCCUGAUCUGGCCUCCCUGCGUGGAGGUGAAGCGCUGCACGGGAUGCUGCAACACCAGCAACAUGCGCUGCCACCCCUCACGCAAACACCACCGCACCGUUAAGAUAGCCAGAGAUCUGCUGACACCGAACGCCAACAGCAACCGCCCUCAGCCAAUGGCACCAGCAGGGGGGGCGAAGCGAAGAGAGAAGGAGAUCGCAGAGCUAGUUAGUUUGUCGUUUGUAGACCCCCCCGGCAGAGGAAAAGAGUUCAAGGCGAACGACGAACACGCCCAUUCCCAUGAGAACAAGUGGAUGGAGACGAAGGUGCCGAGGGCCUUUGGGGCCGGACCCCGAGGAGGGCAUGGACGCCCGCUGCCCCCUGAGGAGGGCAUGGACGCCCGCUGCCCCCCCGAGGAGGGCAUGGACGCCCGCUGCCAGAGGCUCUUCAGGGCCUCAUUCCACCACACCAACCAAACAUCUCCCCGAGACGCCAGCUGUGUUUGGGUUCUCCUGGAGAAUCAGGGCUCGGAGCGAGAGGUUCCUGAGGGUCCUGUGCAGUUGUGA